AUGGCAAAGAUGCGUAUUGAUUCAGAAGGACGUUGGGAGUUUAUUCUACACAAUGGAAUGGAAGACGGAAAUGGCGGAACUACCUCAAACCUAAUAAUCAUUGGUUACGGUACCACUGGAAACUUCUACCUGGAAUGGGUAGAGCUGAGGGAUUUAGACACCGAAGAACGUAUAGCUGUCAGAGUUGGCAAAUGGAUGGAUGUUACCGGACAACAUACGAAAAAACCUCAAGCCUUCCGAGAGAUUAGCGUUUUCCGUUCGGGAGAUCAACCAUUAGAACUACAAAACUACGAAGGAAAGGUGUUCGGUGGUGACAUGCGACUACUCAAAGACAACUCGCUACAGGCUCAGCUUAUCGGUGACUUCAGCGACAGUGGCGUUUUCCCACUGAUCUACAACGCUAAUAAAAAGGUAUAAAA